UUAAGCUACAAAUACAAAGCCAUACGGCUGGCUCGAGCUCUCCCAUCCUGUGAUCAUUUUUAACCUAACCAGCCGAAUAUUGUAAACGUUAAUUCGAUUUUUCUCAUUAGAACUCGCCAAUAUAUGUUUGUGUUGAACUAACAAUAAGUGCAUGUUUCUUUUCGCAUCUGUUCUAUAAAAGUUCCUUCCAUUUAUUAUUACUGAGAGGUUAUGGUUGAACAAGAAUGGGUAGUCUUUUGAAACAAUCGCUAACUGGAAAUAUACACAGAAUUCGAGAAUUUGAAUUAGAAAAAGUAAAUUUAGCCGACGAGUUCGAUAUUCUACAAAUAGUCGGAGAAGGUUGGUUCGGAAAAAUUCUUUUAGUGGAACAUAAAGCUACGGAUACCGAGAUGGUACUAAAAGCUCUUCCUAAACCUUACACAUCGAUCAAAGACUUCUACAGAGAAUUCCACUACGGAUUACAUUUGGGAGUCCACAAGAAUAUCAUAACGGCGUACGAUGUGGCCUUCGAAACCGCAGGAUUCUAUGUAUUUUCCCAAGAAUAUGCACCACUUGGUGACUUGACUUCUAAUGUGUCAGAAAUUGGAAUUGGCGAACUCCACACCAAAAGAGUUGCUAAACAGUUAGCUGCAGCAUUGGAACAUAUACAUUCCAGAGAUCUGGUACAUCGCGACGUAAAACUAGAUAACAUUUUAGUGUUUAAAUCGGACUUUUCCCGUAUCAAAUUAUGCGAUUUUGGUGAGACACGAAGAGUUGGAAGUAUAGUACUCCGCCGAAACGAGUGGUUACCAUACGCCGCGCCCGAAGUACUUCAAGUACAAACAGAUGGAAGCUACAUGGCGCACACGUCUCAUGAUGUCUGGCAAUUCGGAAUAGUGAUAUUCGUCUGCCUCACCGGAUGUCUGCCUUGGCAAAAGGCCGCCCCAGAUGAUCCAAGAUACAUUAGAUAUAUCUCGUGGCAAAAUUCCACCAUUCCUAUCAAGAGGCAACCGAAACUUUUUAAAUUAGUAUCGUCUAAGGCGCAACGUUUGUUUAAAAAAUAUUUGGAGCCUAGACCGGAAAAAAGACCAGCUGGCCUGGCCGAGGUGCACAGAUUUUUGGACGACAGAUGGAUGUCAAAAGGUAUGGAACAAACUAAUGAAACAUUAAAAGAAGACGAGGGGCUUUGCCCUUCAAUGUAUAGUUUCCACAGUAGUCCCGAGGAAAAGAACAAAUUGUUAUUUACCCUGACACAGUAUGGAUUAGAAACAACUGUGGACCGAGUAGCUAAAAAAGACAGGAUAAGACAGUGGAUUCAAAACAGCGUUAUAGAAGAAGACGACGAAUUUGAAGAAGAAAUCGAUGAAGAAAACUUGAAAAUACAUGACAAUCAAAAUGGACCAAUAGGAGAGCGAGUUAAAGAACGGGGACCAGUAUCAGAAAGCAAAGUUAAACAAAACAAACAACGCACCACAUCAUCUAGAAGGGAGAGGAGAAUGUCUACGUUAAAGAAAUCUAAUAAUGUUUACAAACCCCCAGUAGACCCUCGAAUUCCAUUAGAAAAACAAAAAUUCAUACAAGCAAACAAUUAUAACGUUGUAACAUCGGCUGAACACGUAAAUGAUUAUCGUGAAUAUGAAAAUGACGUAUUCGGUAAUGAGAAAAAUUCUGCAGUGUUCAAUAUAUCGAAAGCUUUACCAUUUCAAAAUGUUAAAGUUUCAAAUUCCUUAACAUCGUCCGAAAGCGCUUUUAGUAGUGAUUCUAGUAUAACCGUAAAACACAAAAUAAAUAUCCAACAUCCUCAAAUUGAAAACAUCAAUUUAAACGGUUCAUCUAAAGAAAGAAAUAAAUACAAAACAUAAAAAGAAGAUACAAUUCGAAAGUUUAAAAAUAUUGUGAUAAUCGACAAUCUUACUUGUUAAAUGAAACCCAAAAAUCUUUGGAAUGUUCUGCAAUACAAUGUAAUUUUUAUUGAGUAUAGUUAGGUAAAAAUAUAGGCAACGAGGUUGGAAGGGAUAGAGGGAACAAAGACUGUAACUUGUCUGCAAAAAGACUGUCGUUUUCUGUAAUUAGUAAUUAUUAAUUUGUGGGAUGAUGCGUGGUGGGUGGGGUGACAGGAGUGGGAAAUUGAUAGUACGCAAGUCCCAUCUAUCUCUUCUUACGUCUAUGGUAUAUAUUUAUAAUUUAAUAUCAAAUAUUCCUUGAAACUAAAAUGAUGAACUUUGACUAUAGAUAGAUAUACUUGCUACUUUUAGGAUACUAAGAAUUAUUAAACUUAUUUUUAAAUUUAAGAUCAACGAACUGACCUAUGAGAAAAUUAUAAUUAUUCCUACAUCAUAGGAAAGAAAUGUCUACUAACUAUACUCCGCGGUCGAAAUUAUAGAGAGUGACUAAGACAUAAUAUAAAUACACUAUUACU